CAUAACUGAAAGGAGCAGUAAUGAGGGACACAGUCCAGUGAGGUGCUGAAUGCUAUCCACUGCCAUUGCUUGCACUGAGAUUCAAAGUGUUCAGCGUGACUUAAUAAUUAUUAACUUAACCCUGAAAGCCUGAGAUAGUCUUUAGUCAAAUGCCUCAGUUUUGCUCCACGUUUUCGCUGAACAACAUCUCCUGACAGUUCCACAAUGAGGAAAAGGAAGACAACAGAUUCACCUCCUUCAUCCACAGAUCCGAGUGAAGGGAAGGAGAAAUUAAGACUGAAGCAAGAGGUUGGCCUGAUCAGUGGAGUGUCAUUAAUUGCAGGCACUAUGAUAGGCUCGGGCAUCUUUAUGUCCCCUGAGUGGGUGCUACAUCAUAUGGGGAGCCCUGCCAGCAGCCUGCUUAUCUGGGCAGCCUGUGGCCUCCUGGCCAUGUUUGGAGCCUUGUCGUACGCUGAGCUUGGAACCGUAAUUAAAGAGUCUGGAGGAGAAUAUAUUUACAUCUUGAGGAUUUUUGGUUCUUUUCCUGCUUUCCUUUUCGCCUACACUUCUGUUAUCCUGGUGAGGCCGGCGGGGUUGGCAGCUGUCUGUCUGAGCUUCGCCGAAUACGCCGUUGCGCCCUUCUACCCGGGGUGCUCAUCUCCACAGGUUGUCGUCAAAUGCACAGCUGCUGCCUGCAUCCUCCUUUUGACUGUCAUCAACUGCCUCAACGUGAGGCUGGCCACGUCCAUUAUGAACGUUUUUACAGCUGCCAAACUCCUGGCGUUGCUGGUGAUCGUGGUGGGAGGAGUGGUGCUGCUUGCCAAGGGACAAACUCAGAGUUUUCAAAAUGCUUUUCAAAACACGACUGCGGGUAUCGGGGCAGUUGGAGUGGCCUUUUACCAGGGACUCUGGUCCUACGAUGGGUGGAACAACCUGAACUAUGUAACUGAGGAACUGAAGAAGCCUGAGGUGACCCUUCCCAGAGCUGUGAUGAUUGCCAUUCCUUUGGUCACGUGCCUGUAUUUGCUGGUCAAUGUGAGCUACUUGGCAGCCAUGACUCCGUCUGAAGUGCUGUCUUCUGGAGCUGUGGCCGUCACUUGGGGGGACAAAGUCCUGGGCAGUUGGGCAUGGCUCAUCUCCCUGUCAGUGGCACUGUCUACGUUUGGGUCGUCGAACGGCACGUUCUUCAGCGGAGGCCGUGUGUGCUACAUUGCUGCAAGGGAAGGCCAUAUGCCAGACAUUCUGUCUAUGGCUCACGUGCGACGCCUCACGCCCUCCCCUGCCCUGCUCUUUACCUCUGCUAUGUCUUUAAUAAUGGUCCUAUCGGGGAGCUUCACCAGUAUCGUGAACUUUUUCAGUUUUAUAGCGUGGUUUUUCUAUGGCAUGACUAUUACUGGUCUUCUGUAUUUAAAAAUCAAGAAACCAGAGCUGCCAAGAUCUUACAAGGUCCCAAUUAUCAUCCCCAUAAUCGUGCUGGUGGCAGCUGUGUACCUGGUGUUAGCUCCCAUCAUUGAUCAGCCCCAAAUGGAGAUCCUCUACAUCAUCCUCUUCGUUUUCAGUGGCGUCAUUCUUUAUUUCCCACUGGUUCGCUUCAAGUGCCACCCUCGCUUUUUACAGAAAGUCACUUUACAUCUCCAGUUGUUCCUGGAAGUUGCUCCCACCACCAGGGAUGAAAACUGAGACAACGUCCUCCUGGCCUAUGGCUGCCCAGCCCUUUUGGUUUAUCCCAGCACGUUGGCUUUCAAGGCUCAGAAAAUAUUUUCUAUAAGGAAGAAAGGAAGCACCACUAAAAUGCAAAGUCACAGAGGAAAUGUGUGGAAAGUGUGACUGUUUCUUCCAAAAUCCAGUCAAACAUCUUAUCACAUAGUUCAUCCUUUCUCUCUGUGCACCUGUGACAUAUGAACAAUAGGAAUGAACACGAAAAGACUUAAUGCUUGGGAUAAGUAGCCUUUAUAUGUUAUUGGUUUGUAUAGGGAUAUAGGGGAGCUGAAAAGCUGCAAGUAUCAUAUU